AUGGCGGUUGCUCAGACACAUUCAUCCCCAAAUACGGGCUCACUUCGCAACCACUAUCGUGAGGUGCAUGAACAGAAAUUGGAGAUUCGCCAGGCUGGCCCAAACAAGCGGCAUCUUCAAAACGACCUUAUCCGGUGGUAUUACCUGUUUGCUGGUAGAAUCAGCCACAACUGGUCUCCCAGAAAGGCAAAGCACCGUGGCUUUUCUCCCGAGCUCGAAGCCAGACCAAGCAUUCAAUCGCUCCUACCAACGGGUCCGCCUACGCCCCUUUACGGCCCUGGAGCUCGUUACGACUCUGCAACAGAUUUCGAGGGAUUCCCAGACGACAACGCCGGCCACGAGUCCGCCGCUGCCGCUGCCGCCAAGUAUGCAGCGCCUCUUAGUACAGAGGAUAGGGGCGAAACUUUGCCAUCAGCACUACGUGCUGCUCGUCGUGGCAAGCAGAAAGCCACCAGAACCCCGACUAAAACAUCUCGGGGCCAUGAUCGUGGAGAUCGUGGUCGGAGUGGUAGCGGUAGCCUUAGCUACCUGCAGACUCCCGAAUCGAAUGAGUCGAACGCGGGACCCUCGGUAUACUUAUAUGCAAUUGUUUCCAAUUCGAUUAUUUACUACUUUUGGCCAGAGACUUCGUGA